AGGGAAAGAAGAUUUGUAAAACAGGAACCUUUCUUUUUACCCCUUGCUGCCUUAGUCGGGGUAAAAAAAAUAUGGCUUCAAAUUCGACGAUGUAAGUUUUGCUCCUGAAGAAAUCCUGGGAUGCUCAAAACGCAACGAUUUGCAUCCCAUUCUUCCAGGAUUUUUUCAAAGGCCAAAGGAUUAGUGGAAAAAAGCAACAAAAUGAUCGUCAAAAAGUGUUGAGAAACAAAUAUUUUCGGGGGCAAAUUGUAGAGAUACACUAACAUUUUCCAAUUGAUCAAAGCUAUGACACGAAGAUGUUGUUGGCCAAAGGUGCAGAUAUUUCGUAGUUGUUGCAAUUUUAGGUGUUGUAACGAUGUGAAUAACGAAGAUAAUCAUGAUGAGAAUAACGCCGACGACAAGAAUCAUCACAUAGAGCUAGCCACGGGAAGGGUUCAACUCAUCAACACGAUCCAGAAUUGGGAUGCCAAGCUCCUCGAGACCAAGAAACCCGGCAAGAUUGUCAUCCUCAAUUUUAGCUCUUCCUGGAGUAGUCCCUGUAGGAGAAUAGCUCAACCCUACUGCAAGCUUGCUGACAAAUACCCUUCUAUCACAUUUCUUACUGUCGACGUAGAUGCACUUGCGGAAAUGAGUUCGACAUGGGAAGUCAAGGCCACACCCACAUUUUUUUUCUUGAAAGAAGGGAAACAAGUGGACAAACUUGUUGGUGCAGACAAGCAAGAGCUCAAAAUGAAGAUUGCUAACAUUGAUAGUCUACCUUCAUAGUAUUCCCAGGAACAAGUGCAAGUGAUUGUUUUGAAUAGAGAUUUACCCUUAUUUUUUUUUUAGUGCUCUCUCAUCAGCAAAACAAAAUGUAAAACAGGUAUGAUAAAAAAAAAAAGGAUUCGAAGAGGAAGAGAGAUGUAUAUGUUUAUGGAAAUAGUAUGGUUGAGCAUACAUGGAGUGUAAUUUUGUAGUAAUACUUUUGCAUGCAAAGUGUAGAUUUAUUUUCUUUUCCAUGCUUUUGAAAUUUUGGAAACCAAGGACAUCUAUUGAUAGGGCUCAAAAGAAGGAUGAUUUUCACUAUAUCU